CUGCUCGCUGACUGUUAAAGGUCAAUUUCACUUUGUACCAAAUAACAGUGUCUUAAGAAUAGCAUUAGUUAUUCAGCUUCUGAUUUUGAUCUUCUUUAUUUUCCCAUGAUUGGAUUGUCAGAAAAUAUUCUAUUAAGUAUUUGUACAACCUGGUACAAAAAUGAUUUCCCCAAAAGAUCUCCUGAGAAAAAAUCUGAAGAUGAUUCAUGGCUAUCCCAUGAUCUACGCUUUUGCAAACAACUGGGAAAGGAUUGAAGAGUUCCACAGCAGGCCAGAUGACAUUGUGAUAGCCACUUACCCCAAAUCAGGUACCACUUGGGGUAGUGAAAUUGUGGACAUGGUUCUAAAUAAUGGUGAUGUUGAAAAAUGUAAGCGGGAUGUUAUAACAGUUAAAGUUCCAAUGUUGGAAAUGGCCAUCCCUGGACUAAGAACUUCAGGAAUAGAACAAUUAGAGAAGAAUCCAUCACCACGACUUGUGAAGACGCAUCUACCAAUCGAUCUCCUUCCUAAGUCUUUCUGGGAGAACAACUGCAAGAUGAUUUAUCUGGCUCGAAAUGCCAAGGAUGUUGCAGUCUCAUAUUACCAUUUUGACUUAAUGAAUAAUUUGGAACCUGACCCUGGUCCCUGGGAAGAGUAUCUGGAGAGAUUCAUGACUGGAAAUGUGGCUUAUGGUUCCUGGUUUAAUCAUGUUAAGAGUUGGUGGAAGAAAAAGGAAGAACACCCAAUACUUUUCUUGUUCUAUGAAGAUAUGAAAGAGAAUCCGAAGCGGGAAGUCAAGAAGAUUGUUAGAUUUCUAGAGAAGAAUUUGAAUGACGAGGUCUUGGAUAAGAUCGUCCAUCACACUUCAUUUGAAAUGAUGAAGGAUAACCCUCUGGUGAAUUAUACACAUCUACCAAGUACAAUGAUGGAUCAUAGCAAAUCCUCUUUUAUGCGUAAAGGGAUAGCAGGUGACUGGAAGAAUUACUUCACAGUGGCCCAAAAUGAGAAAUUUGAUGUCAUUUACAAGAAGGAAAUGUCUGGAACCGAGCUUCAGUUCCGCACAGAGAUUGAGUCUAUGUGACCAAUCUGAAGAACAGAGUUGUAAUUUGUUAAAAUGGGGGCAGUUAUGACCUGACUUGGGCAGUCAAAUGCAUUUAUAAAGGAGAAAAUGUGCUUUUAAAA